GACAAAUUGUUGAAUCACCCUAACUUAAAACAAAAUAUUUAAUUUUAUAAAACCCAUUUUGGUCAUCCAUCCAAGGACUAAAAUAUAAAGCAAUGGCUAAUAACCUCGGGACAUAAUGUCUGAACACAAGUUAUUGUCAAACACAAAAAUUAAAGAUCGAGUCCACUAAACAAGAACUGGUGGAUUUAAAUUUAAUUAUAUAAUUGCCCAAAAAAUAUCACAUACAGAGAGGACGAGAAUGCCGGUGGAGUAAUAGUCAAAGAGAUGGAGAAACUGAAGGCUGCCUACUAGCACCAUGUGACAGACCUCAUCGUCACUAUACGUUCGCAUUAAAGUCUUCCUCUACCCAGUUCCUCCUUCAUAUCAUAUAUAUAAAGCUUUGCCUUUUUUUUUUUUUUAAAACUCCUGCUCUCACUCUCUCUGUCUCUCGCUUUUCUUGGAUCCAAUUCCCAACUCUAUUAGAUCCCUGCAGCUCUGGUCCAAUAGAUCCUGGAGAUCAUAAUAUUCCUAGAUUUCAGAAACAAUGGCUUCCCUACUUUUGUCUUUCUCUCUCAGAAAGGUACUCUUGCUUUAUCUAGUUCUGUUUCUGUUUAGUUCUGUUCUUCUCUGUUCUUCUUCUGAGCCUCAACUUCAGAGCUCACAAUUUCUUAGGAGAAGAAAAUUGUUGGGAGUUGAAAAAGAAGAUAAGCCUCUGAAAAAGAAGAUUUCCAGUACUACUAGUACUACUACUUCUUCCCUAUCCGCCAAAAACCAAACCAAACCCGUCAAGCCCAGCCUUUCUUCUAAAAACCAGACAAAACUUGUGAAACCCAGUAUUUCUGAUGCCAAGAACCAGACCAAGAUUGUGAAAUUCACCAACAAUUCGACCAAGAGUUUGUCAGUUACUAAGAUUGAGAUCAAGAAGCUCAAUUCCACUUCAAAGACCAAGAAGCUGAAUUCCACUUCCAAAGCCUCAGACUCCACCAAAUCCAAUACGUCUUCUUCCAAUAACAAAACCUCAGAUCUAAUCAAGCUUAGCUCAGCCAAGAACAAAACAACCAAACCCACCACCACCACCACCAAUACCAAACAAACCCAAAUCAAGGUGGAAUCCCAGAAGCCAAACAAGAAUCAGAAAACGGAUCAAAAGCCACCCACCAAUCAAAAACCCAUCAAGAAAAAACCCCAACCCAGCUGGAUUGAACAAGACGAAGAAGACGACCUCGUCUCGGAAUUCACGGGUUUGCCCUCCAAGUUCCAGCAAACCCUGAUUCCAGACCUCGAGAAGAUCUCGAUGACCUCCAAAGCUUAUCUGAACAAAUACAACAAAGAGAUCACCAAGGGAUUCAAACCCAUCGUCGGGAACAAAUACGCAUCCACAAUCGCUUCCUUUGUCUCUUUCGCAUUCAUACUCAUUCCUCUUCUCCUCGUUUCGUUGAUUUUCAAUCGCAUCAAAGCCUAUUUCUCAAUCCAAAAGCUCUUGAUCUUCAUCCAAGUCUACCUCGCCAUCUACUUCACGAUUCUUUGUCUCUCCUCACUCGUAACUGGCCUCGAACCCCUCAAGUUUUUCUAUGCGACUUCCAAAUCCAAUUACAUUUGCCUGCAGGUUCUGCAAACCCUCGGCUACGUACUGUAUCUUCUUCUCCUUCUCAUGUAUCUGAUCUUGGUCUUUUCCACUGAUUGUGGGCUCGGAUCGAAAUUACUCGGCCUGGCCCAAACUUUCGUGGGUUUCGCGAUCGGGUUGCAUUAUUACGUGGCGGUGUUUCACAGGGUCGUGCUGCACCAACCGCCCAAGACCAAUUGGAAAGUCCACGGGAUUUACGCCACGUGUUACUUUUUGAUUUGUCUGUGUGCUACUGCUGAGAGGAGGAAGAAGGCUUAUUUGGAAGAAGGUGGUGAAGAAGGAAAGAAGAACUAAAAAUUUCUUUGGAUUUUUUUUUUUUUAAUAAAUAAAAUCAGGUGCUUCCAAAUACCAUCGAGCUCUUCUUGGUCUCAACCAAUCAGAUUAUUAUUCAUAUACAUUAAUAUUGUUUGCCAAACUUGGUUCUGAUUGCCUGAGACCAUUUCUUCUUUGUGGGUUUUUAGUUAUUAGGAAACAAAAAUUUGUUUCAAUCAAAAUAUGUAGGGAGGAGCAAAUGUAAUGUGAUACCAUUGGUUUAAGCAAAAUGUAAUAUUUUCAUUUGGUAUAUUUGUUGGGAUAAAAAAAAAAAAAUUAUAUAAAUUGUUCAUCGCAAAGUUUAUCUGUCUUUUU